CAUCUGGCCACACUCCCAGGAUCACUCAACAGCUCCGCUUCCUCGCCGGUGAUUGGCUACCGGAACUGUAGCUCAGGAGAGGCACACAGGUGGCCAGUCACCGGCGAGGAGGUGGGGCUUGGAGAGGAGGAGCCGAGCGGCAGCACAAAGAUCAAAGAAGAUCAAGUGAGGGAGCUGCAGGAGCGAGUGAAGAGGAGGAGAGUGGCCGGAGAAGGAAGACAGCUGUCGGGUAAGUGUCCGCAUGCUGGCUGUAGAUGGGAGAGGGAGGGAGCGAGCGCAGGCUGGAGCAGGGGUCACCAAGGUAAGUAUCAUUGGUGUCAGUGGGAG